UUUCUUCGAAUUUAAUUAAAAAGUUUCGAACACAAAUUUGAGAGAACCCAGAAUGCCAAGCUGGCAAUACAACUGCUAAUUUUCCCGCUAAAAACAAAAACAAUGUCCUCCAUGUAAAAUUUGAACUUCAAAUUGAAACUCGUUACUCUGCUAUAAAAUAACAGACUGAUCACUUCAAAAAUAAAGUUUUAAUGAUAGCAGAUAAAAUGGAUGAAGGAGAAGUUGAAAGUCAACAAAAAGAAUGUAUUUUAAAUCCAGAUGGAAGUAUAACUUUGGAUGAUGUAACAAUUCCUCCAGCUCCUACACCUGCAUUAACUGUUGAUGCCACAAAGGAAAGAUUAAUUAUCACUGACUUAUUAGUGAGAGAUUUUAAGUCGUAUGCUGGAAGUCAUACUCUUGGACCUUUUAAUAAGAAUUUUUCUUGCAUCGUUGGACCAAAUGGCAGUGGGAAGUCAAAUGUCAUUGAUGCUUUGCUAUUUGUAUUUGGAUACAGAGCUCAACGAAUACGUUCAAAGAAAGUUAGCGUCCUGAUCCAUAAGAGUGAUAAAUUUACUGAUCUCACCAGUUGUUCUGUUACAGUAAAUUUUGCAAUGAUUAAAGAUCAAGGUGAUGAUUGUAUUGUUCUUCCUGAUUCAAAAUUUUGUGUGACAAGAACAGGCCACAAAGACAAUAGUUCAACGUAUGAAAUUAAUGGUCGACGAGCUCAAUAUAAGGAUGUGGCAAAUCUGCUGAAAAGUUAUGGCAUUGAUUUAGAAUAUAACCGUUUUAUGAUUUUGCAGGGUGAAAUUGAAUUGAUAUCCAUGAUGAAGCCUAAAGGUGUUACUGAUCAGGAUACUGGAAUGCUUGAAUAUAUUGAAGACAUUAUUGGUUCAAAUCGUUUUAUCAAGCCAAUUCAGCAUUUUAAUGAAAAAAUGGAAGCAGCCAAUGAAAAGAGACUUGAGAUGUUAAACAACUUAAAAAUUAUAGAAAAAGAGAGAGCAGAUGCAGAAAAGCCCAGAAACAAAGCCCUGGAAUACUUAGAACUGGCAAAUAACUUAACACUAAUGCAAAAUUCUGUUCUUCAAGCUGAAAUAAAGGCAAGUACUGAAGCUGGUGAAAUACUCAGUGAUAAAAAGAAUGGUCUUGUUCAAAAGACAAAUGAAUUAUCUACAUCCUUAAAUGAAGUAGAAGAUAUAAAGAACCUGAAAGAAAAUGAUUUGGAAAAGAUUGUAAGGGAAUAUGAAAAUUGCUUGAAAACAGUUGAAGAACACCAAGUACAGUUUACCAAGUUGGAGCAUACAGAUGCUGCUUGUAGAGAAAAUUUAAAGAAUAAUAAAGAUAAAUUGAAAAAGUUGGCAAAAAAUUUAGAAACUGAAGAACUUAAGAUAUCAAAAUUGAAAAAACAGCCGGAAACAUUAAAAGGAGAAAUUUCUGAGUUGGAAGAAAAGAAAAAGAAAAUUGAGGCAACAAAAGCUGUUGAAGAGGAUAAAUUAACAGAACUGAUGGGUAGUAUGAAAGAUGAAAUUCAAGGAUUUCAAGAAGAAAAAGAUAGUCUAGAAAAAGAAUUAGUUCAGCUGAAAGAUACAGUGAAUCAAAAGAAAUCUGAGUUGGAUUUGGCUCAAUCUGAAUUGGAUCUUUGUUUAAGUUCAGAAAGAAAGGAAAUUGAAAAAUUAGAAUCUAUGCAAACUGACUAUGAUAAAGUUACUUCUUUAAUUCAGGAUGAAGACAGAGCCAUUAAAAAAGCAAAUGAAAGAUUACCUGAAGUUCAGUGUAAAUUGAAAUCAGCAAAAGUGGAGUUAGUUGAAAAAGAAAAGAACGAAAACACUCUUAAUGAAGAAUUGAAGCACUUGCGAAUUAAACUUGAUGAGACUACAAAUUCCUUAAGUUCUUCACAGAAUCGAAGUACUUUGACCAAAGCCUUCUUAGAUGAGAAAAAGAAGGGUAGACUAACUGGAGUUUAUGGGCGACUGGGAGAUCUUGGAGCUAUUGAUCCGAAAUAUGACAUAGCUAUAUCUACAGCUUGUGGACCUUUAGAUAACAUUGUUACAGAUACUAUAGAUACUGCUCAAGAUUGUGUUGAAUAUUUGAAACAGAAUAACUUAGGAUAUACUACAUUUAUAGCAUUAGAUAAGAUGAAGAUUUACGAACCACACACCAAAGAAAAAAUGUCUACCCCAGAAAAUGUUCCACGAUUAUUUGAUCUGAUAACAGUGAAAGAUAAGAACAUUUUGCCAGCUUUUUACUAUGCCUUAGGGAAUACAUUGGUUGCAAAGGAUCUUGAACAGGCAACAAGAGUUGGUCUACAGGGAGAUACUCGCCACAGAGUUGUAACUUUGAAGGGAGAACUCGUUGAUGUAUCAGGUACAAUGAGUGGAGGUGGAGGAAAAGUUCUUAAAGGUCGAAUGGGACAAUGUAUUGUUGAAAAUGUGUCUCAAGAAGAAGUUGAUCAGCUUAACAAGGAAAUUAAUUCUAUAGUUUCUAAACUAGCUGAUAUUAAGAGAACAAAAAAGGAGCUAGGAGAGCUAGUUGAACAAGCUACUAAGGAGAUAGGCACUUUGCAACUUUCUAUUAAAAAAAGCCAGAUGAAUUAUGAUGGCUAUAUUGAUCAAGAAAAGAGCUUAAAACAUCAAAUUUCUGACCAAGAGAAGAAUAUUGUUGCUGCUGCCCCUGAUAAAAAGCUAGUUAAAAAGCUUGAGAAAGAGAUUGCUCAGCAUCAAGAAAAUUAUGCUAAAGCUACAAGCACAGCCUCUGUGGUCGAAAAUAAAGUUAAAAGCAUUCAAGAUCAAAUUCUGGCCGUGACAAAAGGAAAAUAUGGGGCCGCUCAAAAGAAAAUUGAUUCUUUGGCAAAGGAAAUAGCUUCAAUAACUCAAAAUAUUACCAAAAAUUCUGCUUUACUGAAAAAUUCUGACAAAAAUUUAAAGAAAGCAGAAGAGAAAAUAGCAUCACUGAAGGAAGAAAUAGAAAAGUGUGAUAAAGCAAAAGAAUCACUAAAGGAAGAAUUAAAAACCUUGGAAACAAAAGGAGCUGAAGUUACUCAAAAGAAAAGUGUUGCAGAGGAAGCAUUAAGGGAGCAAGAAGAACUGAAAAUGAAAGUAUCUGUGGAAAUCAAAAGUCUCACUAAAGCUGUUACUCAAGUCAAAAGUGAAAUUCUAGAUCUAAAAAAUCAGGUUAAAUUAACUGAUAUAGAAAUAAAAACAAAUGAAGGUCGAAUUAAAGGUUUCAAAUCACAGCUGUCAAAACUUGAGUUGCAGCAAAUUGAGGAUGAAUCAACUGAAUUACCUGUUUUAACAUCUGAAGAACUGGAUGAAGUUAAUGUUAACAAAAUGAACUAUAAAAUUGGUGAGCUUCAAAGCAGAGUUAAAGAAAUGAAUCCUGAUUUAAGAGCUAUAGAGGAGUUUAAGAAAAAGGAAGAAAUGUAUAGGGCGAAACUGAAGGAUUUGGAAAUGGCAGUUGCUGAGCGAGAUCACUUCAGACAACAUUACGAAACUCUGCGCAAAUUUAGAAUGCAAGAAUUCAUGAGAGGCUUUAACAUUAUUACAUUAAAAGUUAAAGAGCUUUAUCAAAUGAUGACUUUGGGAGGUGAUGCAGAAUUAGAGCUUGUUGAUUCACUUGAUCCAUUUUCAGAAGGAAUAGAAUACAGUGUUCGACCACUAAGAAAAUCCUGGAAAAUGAUUCGCAAUCUAUCUGGUGGAGAAAAAACUCUUAGUUCUUUAUCUCUAGUGUUUGCAUUACAUUAUUAUAGAACAACUCCAUUUUUCGUGAUGGAUGAAAUCGAUGCCGCUUUGGAUUUUCGAAAUGUAUCCAUCAUAGGAUCAUAUAUUAAAGAUCGUACAAAAAAUGCUCAAUUUAUUGUUAUAUCUUUGAGAGAAAACAUGUUUUUGCUGGCUGAUCAUUUGGUAGGAAUUUAUAAAACAAACAAUCGCACCAAAAAUGUAUAUCUCAGUCCUCCAACUGAAACAGGUGAGAGUGAUUCUAUAUCUGAAUUAACAAAAGGUAGAAAAACUAACAAUGUAAAUGAAACUUCGAAAAAUGGACGAGCAACUCGAGUGACUUUCAAAUCACCCGAGAAAGAAAAUGAAACUCGAACUACUCAAGGAACACCUCGAAAUUCUCUUCAAAAGAUUUCACAAAAUACUGAACGAAUAAGCACUCCUCCAGUUUUACACAAUCAUAGUACAGGUGAUAGUUUACUCAUUUCAACUCCAACAAAAACUCCUGAUAAAUCUAACCUCGAUGAAAACAGACUGCACACUUCAUUGGAAUCGAUUGAAAACGUAAUUCCUCUUAAUGAGGAUGACAGUCUUAUAAUUGGAGUGGAAACUGAAAAAGAAAAUAAUUUAAAUGAGAGCGACAGUUUUAUUAUUGCUGAAAAAUGCUAACAAAACUUUUGUGCUUAAAAAAAGUAGAAUAUGUUUGUUUCUGUGUCAUAUAGUAGAGUCUUGAUAAUCAGGACCCAAUUUGGAUUACUAAAAAAUUUAAUAAGGACUUUUCUUUUAUUAAAUGAAUAUAUUUUAAGCAUUGAAUUCAUGCAAUAAGAAGAAACAAUGAGUUUUAGUGUGAAUAAAUUGAAUUAGUCUUUAAUUUUGUUCAAUGGAAUUUUUUUAUAGUACUUUUUUUGUUCUGACAUUCUGCUUCUAGCAGUGUUCCCUCACUAGAGCAACAGCUGUUUUAUUAUAAAAUGCAUUUAGAGCUACAGUGUUUUUUGUGAGAAAAAUAAUUUUCUGUAUAAAAACAUUUACAUUUUCAAUGUUUAAAUGAUUUUUACAAUUAAGAUGGUGAAUUACUUUGUAACAGCCAGUUACUUUACUUGCUUAAAUGCACUUGAAACUGCAAUGUUUUUUGCAUGACUAAUAAUUUUUUUUAACUUUAAGCACUCAAUGUUUCAAUAUGUGAUGUUAUCAAUAACUGAAUGUUGUUUGCAGGUAACAAAGUGAAUUAUUAAAAGUCUGAUAUUUUACCACUUUUCCUUAACCUAAAUCAAUUCAUGUUUAUUAAUAGGAACAUAUUUUCUAAUCUAUCAUUUAAGUUAUAGAUAGAUUAUAUGUAUCAAAUAAGCAAUAAGUGGCAUCUCAAUAUUUAUGUAGUAGAACUUUCUUUUUAAAUUUUUUUCACAUUUCUGACACACCUUGAAUUAUUAAGACUCUACUAGAUUCUGUUUACCUGAUGAAAUACUUUUUGGAAUAAGUAUGUCAUAUUUUUAUUACCAUAUUUAUAUGUAUCUUUUAAACAUCUUAUUUAUAUGUAUAUUUUAUAUAUUCAUAUUUAUAUGUAUUUUUUUAUCAUCUUUUAAUAAUACAUUUGCAACUGGCAUCUAAAUGUUCACCUAAUUAAAAUUAUUCAUCAUACUAGUUUUAAAUGGAAUUGGAUUCAGUGAUUUUUAAAACUAUACUGAAUGCAUUCAAUUUUCACUUUUAUUUCAAUUUUCAUAAAAAAAAUUAGUCAUUUAUAUGCAAUUCUAUGAAUCUAAUUUAGUGUACUCAUUGUAAUUUUUUUUUGUAGCAGAAACAAUUUUAGUAGUGAAAGUUGAAAAUUUUAAGAAUUUUUCACUGAUACCAAUGAACACUGUAAUUAAUAAUAUGUGAUUAGAAAAAAAAAUUUGAAUACAGAUCUUGCUACAAAUUUUCAGCAGUUUAAACAGUGUUGAAUAAUUUUUAAAUAAGAAGGGGACAUUCCUAUGAAAAGAAAGUUAAUGUUGAUUAGACUUAUUUUUGAUUCAAUCAUGCCUAUUUUACUUUGAUUUUAUAAUAGUUUAUAGAAGCUAAACUGCUAAGUUUGCACAAUUCUGGUAAUUAGUGUCAGAUAAAAUUGAAAAUUACUGAAAAGGGUUGACAUAACAUUAUAUUCAGGCUUAUAUGUAAGUAUUUUUCUAAAAUUGUAAAUUGAAAAAUAAAAAGUCAUUUAAUAAUUAUACAAAUUUUAUUAGGACUAAGGGUCUACAACAAAUUGUCUUUUAAACUUCUUCAUUCUUUCAUAUGGUAGUUUCAUAAAAUUGUCACCAUAAAUUUUGAAUACAUUUUCUCCUAAUGUGAAACAAAAGAUGCUACCUUUUUUCGGUACAGCUAAAAUGGGGAAAAAAAAAGUCAAGAUAUCAUUAGAAAACAUUCACUUGUUGGCAAGAAAUGCAUGCAUCCAAAAUUUAUUUAAUGGGAAACUAUUUGUAUAUAUAACCAUUUUACAUGAAUGCUAGUAAGUUUUUGUAUCUCUCACAAGCAAUGAAUUAUAAACAAAUCAUUGAAGAACGGUAAUACAGAGUGUUCCGUAUAUGUUUGGACAAACUUCUAGGCACAUCAUAAGGAUUAAGAAUUACCUAGGAAACCAGGGCAGUAAAUGUUAUCGUAUGCCGCUAAAGGCACUUUCCUAUUAUGAACUGUUACAUAGUGUGCUUUUGAACAUCAGGUACUUUUAUUUAUCUAAAUUAUUGUCAAAAACUGCUUUUAAAUAGGUAUAGUAUUAAGUGCUUUAUCUUAACCUAAUGAUUUGUCGACGACUCCAUAAUAGGAAAGUGCCCCUAGCAGCAUAAGAUGACUUUUAUGGUCAUAAUUUCUUUGGUAAUUCUUUAUCCUUAUGGGUUGUGCAAAUUCCCCUAGAAGUUUGUUGCAAAAUUUAUGGAACACUUUGUAUACUAAUUCUAGUUCUUGUAUUUAAUCUGAAAACCUACAAUAGCAUACCUGCCAAGUCUCCUGUUUUUUAACAAAGACACCCGUAUUUUGCGACUCUGUCCUAUUAUCCCGUAUAUUCUCAAAUUUCUCUGAAUUUAUUGAAGAAAUUUAAAAUUUUGGCAAUAAAAUAUCCGCUAAUGGCAAAAAUACUUCGUAUUUCUCAACAGAUGAUGCUGUUGCCAGUACUGCCAUGUGUUGAGUGUUUAUAGUUUAAGUAAUUAUAAAUAAUGGUUUAAAAAAAUCUUCUUUAGAUUAAGAUUAAUAUACAUAUUUUUUACUUCGCUAAAUGUAAGUGCUUAUGUUAUUUCCAAUUUUGACUUCCAUGAUUAUGCAUAAAACAUUUUUUAAAGAUUUGUUGUUUUGUGCAAAUUUUUAUAUUUGGUAUUAGCAUUAUUAUUAAUCUUUGUAUGUUAUGUAUAAUAAAUGAGGUAUUUAAUUUA